CGCAGAUGACAUCCCCGACGUCUGCAUCGUGGAGCGCCUCUUCUCCAGCAGCCUGGUGGUGGUGGUAAGCCACGCGAAGCCUCGCCAGAUGAACGUCUACCACUUCAAGAAGGGCACCGAGAUCUGCAGCUACAGCUACUCCAGUAACGUCUUGUCCAUCAGGCUGAACCGGCAGAGGCUGCUCGUUUGCCUGGAGGAGUCCAUUUACAUUCACAACAUUAAAGACAUGAAGCUUUUGAAGACCAUCCUGGAUAUUCCUCCAAACCCGACAGGUCUGUGUGCCCUGUCCAUCAACCAUUCCAAUUCCUACGUGGCCUAUCCUGGGAGCCGGACGACAGGCGAGAUCGUGCUCUACGACGGACACGCCCUGAAGACGGUCUGCACCAUUGCUGCCCACGAGGGGGCGCUGGCCGCCAUUGCCUUCAACGCCUCGGGCUCCAGACUGGCCAGCGCCUCCGAGAAAGGCACCGUCAUCCGGGUGUUCUCGGUUCCCGACGGGCAAAAGCUCUGUGAGUUUCGGAGAGGCAUGAAAAGGUACGUGACGAUCAGCUCUCUGGCUUUCAGUAUGGACUCGCAACUCCUCUGUGCUUCAAGCAACACGGAGACCGUGCACAUUUUCAAGCUGGAGCACCUCGCCCCCAGCCAACCAGAGGAGCCCUCGACCUGGACCAGCUACGUGGGAAAGAUGUUCAUGGCUGCGACCAACUACCUCCCCACCCAGGUGUCCGACAUGAUGAACCAGGACAGGGCCUUUGCCACCGGGCGCCUGGGCUUCUCCGGGCACAGAAACAUCUGCACCCUCGCUACGGUCCAGAAGUUGCCGAGGCUCCUGGUGGCAUCGUCCAGCGGACACCUUUACAUCUACAACCUGGACCCUCAGGAUGGAGGAGACUGCGUCUUAAUCAAGACCCACAGCUUGCUUGGCUCCGGAACUGCCGACGAGAAUAAAGAAAAUGACCUCAGACCUUCAUUACCUCAGUCUUACGCAGCAACUGUAGCCAGACCAAGCCCAUCUGCAGCCUCCACGGUGCCAGGUUAUUCCGAGGAUGGCGGGGCGCUCCGAGGAGAGGUCAUCCCCGAACACGAGUUCGCGACGGGACCAGUGCGUCUUGAUGAUGAGAAUGAGUUCCCCCCUAUAAUCUUGUGCCGCGGCGAUCAGAAGGGCAAAGCGAAGCAGUCAUGAUGAGCAAGCAGCAGGGCCGCCCUGUCAGGCGGUUCUGGAGGCGACCAGGAAGGUGGAUGCAAGGCAUGCGGCUGCGUGAGCGGAAGGGGGUCAGGAGGCCGGGACGCGGCCGGCUGCCCGGCAGGCUCGUCCCAGCCCCGGCGGCCGCUGGGUGCGGGGGCCGCUGCGAAUCCACAGCCCGCCGUUGGCGCAAGCGUGUCCCAGCCAGAGCGUCCACAUGGACGCACCGUCUUGGUCUAUAACCCUGAUUUUAUAUUCCAAAGAGCAUCCUUUCGAAAGCGUAUGCUGCGUAGAAAUGUCCUUCCGGGAGAAUCUCUCUGAGCUGUAUUUCUUGUAUAUGACGUAGAGAGAGGGGCUGUUUUAGCCACAGGCAAAAAGGUUUCUGCAGCGAUUGCAAUAAGUCAUCUAUGACCUUUCAGUCCCAUUUAGGACACUGAUAAUAAAACCAUGGCAAUGCACUUUUGAGGCUUU